GAAAAUAUCCAGACGACCAACGAGAAUACAGACCACAAAGCUCAAACUUCAACACUCCCCUUCAUUCUCUCAAUUACACGCAUUUCAUCUUUGCAGAGUGAAGCUUUUAAUUUCGAUUCUUUUCUAAAUAAUUCAACUAAUUUCUCAAUAUUAUUCAAGAUCGAUUUUGGGAAUUGAUGGCCGUUUCAACCAUCGCACUCUACGCAAGCCCACCGACGAGCACCGUCAAUACGACGCCGUAUCCGUGCUCAAUUUCAUCCAAUUCAUCUCACGACUUCGACAUAAACGCUCGAUCUUCAUCAUCAACUUCAACAUCUUCCUCGCAAAAGCCGAUAAUCGGCGGCCUGUCGUCGUUAUUCUCGUCCCCGGCGGUGAAACACAGUUCCGGCUAUUCCGGCGUCGUCGAUGAUUUCCGGCACGAAAAAGUCGAGGAUUUGACGAGUUCAUUCUCGUACUCGCCGAAUCUCUCGCUCAAUUCGUUUGCGAAGCGAGAUUCGAGCCCUGUUUCAGUGUUUCAGGGCCCGAAUUCACUUAGUUCGAGCCCGGUUAUGAGAAUUGGGAGGGAUGGUGGCGAUUUUAUCGGGUCGGGUCGGAUCGGGAGUGGUAAUGGGUUGUUUAGUGGUUUUAUUGGCCGUGCUGUUGCUUCGUGUGUCGAUUAUGAUUCGCCUCGUUUCGAGAUGAAUGAUUAUGCCGGUGAUGAAGUAGAUGAGCUUACUUUUAGUAUGGAGGAUGGUUUUGUGGACUCUAGUUAUGCCAAAGAUAUGUUAGUGAAUGCGCAGUUGAAACACAAGAUAUUUUAUGAUGAUGUUGUGAUUAAGGCUUUUUAUGAGGCUGAGAAAGCUCAUAGAGGGCAGAUGCGAGCAAGUGGGGAUCCUUAUUUACAACAUUGUGUGGAGACUGCAAUUUUGCUUGCGAUGAUAGGUGCCAAUUCGACAGUAGUUGCGGCUGGGCUUCUCCACGACACACUUGAUGAUUCCUUUAUGACAAAAGAUUGUAUUUUGGGGACAUUUGGAGCUGGGGUUGCUGAUCUGGUUGAAGGGGUGUCUAAGCUAAGUCAAUUAAGCAAGCUCGCCCGAGAAAGCAAUACAGCGGGCAAAACUGUUGAGGCUGAUCGGAUGCACACAAUGUUCCUUGCUAUGGCUGAUGCAAGGGCUGUCCUCAUAAAAUUGGCAGAUCGAUUGCAUAAUAUGAUGACACUAGAUGCUUUACCUAUGAGCAAGCAAAAGAGAUUUGCCAAAGAAACAUUGGAGAUAUUUGUUCCACUUGCUAACCGUUUAGGAAUCUAUAGUUGGAAAGAACAGCUGGAAAAUCUCUGUUUCAAAUACCUUCAUCCAGAUCAGCACAAAGAGUUGUCCGCCAAGCUUGUAAAAUCCUUCGAUGAGGCAAAGAUCACUUCAGCCGCAGAGAUGUUGGGGACUGCUCUCAAAGAUGGAGCCAUUUCUUAUCAUGUUCUAUCAGGGCGGCAUAAAAGUUUAUACAGCAUCCACUGCAAAAUGUUAAAAAAGAAGCUGAGUAUGGAUGAAGUCCAUGACAUUAAUGGACUGCGAUUGAUUGUCGAAAACGAGGAUGACUGCUAUAAGGCGCUGGGAAUUGUUCAUCAGUUGUGGUCUGAAGUACCUGGAAGGUUCAAAGACUAUAUAAAACGUCCCAAAUUUAAUGGGUAUCAGUCUUUGCACACAGUAGUAAUGGGGGAAGACAUGCUUCCUCUAGAAGUUCAGAUUAGAACAAAAGAGAUGCACCUGCAAGCUGAAUUUGGAUUUGCAGCUCAUUGGAGAUACAAAGAAGGCGAUUGUAAAUACUCUUCAUUUGUACUUCAGAUGGUUGAGUGGGCUCGCUGGGUUGUUACAUGGCAAUGCGAGACCAUGUUCAAAGACCAAUCAACCAUAGCUGGUGAUUCGGUGAAGCCACCCUGCACUUUACCUUCACAUUCGAAGGAUUGUCCACAUAGCUUAAAACCUUAUUGUGGAGCUGAUGGACCUGUUUAUGUCAUUCUGAUUGAAAAUGAUAAGAUGUCGGUUGAGGAGUUUCCGGCCAAUUCUACCGUCAGGAAUUUACUGGAACGAACUGGUAGGGGUAGCACUAGAUGGUCUGCGUAUGGAAUUCCAGUGAAAGAAGAGCUGCGUCCAAGGUUAAAUCACAAUCCCUUAAAUGAUCUCAACUGCCAGCUAAAGAUGGGGGAUGUGGUGGAACUAACCCCAACCAUCCCGGACAAGUCACUGCCGGUAUAUAGAAAAGAGAUUCAGCGUAUGUAUGACCGUGGUCUUUCUGUGUCGAGUAUGGCUACUGCCACCCCUGGCAUGGCUGGUUGGAAAAGUUGAUUCCUGGCCUUUUAGCUGUACACUAUUUGUUUAACCGCCUUGUAUUUGUAUAUACAUCAUGAAUCUUUGUACAGAACAGCUUCAUCUAUCUGUUUAGAAACAGAAUGGCUAGAUUUGCUUGGUUUUGUAAAGUAUGUAGAUGUUGGUGAUUGAUUACUGUGUGGGAGUCGGCAAGAAAUUCUGUAGAUAUGUGUUUGCUCCGUCUC